CUGGUUGGCAAGAUGGCGGUGGUAGUGCGGAGCUUGCAAGACCAGCUCGAAAAAGCAAAGGAAAGCCUGAAGAAUGUGGACGAUAAUAUUCGUAAAUUAACAGGACGUGACCCCAAUGAAUCGAGACCGGGUCAGAUCCGUCGGCUCAGCGGCGGCCCCAUGGCAGGCCCCGGUGGAGGUGGAGGUAGAGGCAGAGGAGUGAACCUGCUCAGGCGUAGUCUCUCAGACAUGGGAAGCGGCGGCCCCCCUGCCAAGCAGAGGGACAUCGAAGGAGUCCUGCUGAGGCUGGCGGGGGACCAGAGGGCCAGGAGAGACUCACGUCACGACAGCGACGCCGAGGAUGAUGACGACGUCAAAAAGCCGGCGUUGCAGUCGUCUGUAGUAGCUACCUCUAAGGAGAGAACACGCAGAGACCUCAUUCAAGAUCAAACCAUGGAUGAGAGGGGCAAACAGAGGAAUCGGCGUAUGUUCGGCCUGCUGAUGGGGACCCUGCAGAAAUUCAAACAAGAGUCCCACGUCUCCACAGAGAAGCAAAAGCGUCGUACAGAGAUCGAGCAGAAGCUUGAGGUUCAGGCUGAGGCUGAGAAAAAGAAGGUGGAGAGUGACAAGAGGGGACUGUUUGAAGAGAGGAGAACCAAACAGACUGAGCUGAGACUGCUGGAACAGAAAGUGGAAUUAGCUCAGCUGCAAGAGGGGUGGACCAGCCACAACAAUCGUCUGGUGAAAUACAUUCGUACCAAGACCAAACCUCACCUCUUCUACAUACCUGGAAAAAUAUGCUCCGCCACACAGAAACUCCUCGAUGACUCCACCAAGAAACUAAAUGCGGUGUUUGAGGAGAGGCGUGAGGCUUUUGCCGAACACCUCAGCAAGAUGGAGUCCCGCCCCCGGAGGCAACCAAACCGCGACCAGGAUGGCAACACGGCAGCAACAGGGAUGGACCACUCGGCGGAGGGUAAGCCAGCGGGUCAGGUAGUCAAGGUGACAGGUAACAAGGGGGAUGCAGAGAUGGAGGAAGAGGAGGAGGAAGAUGAGGCGAGGGAGAGGGAGGGGGAUAGAAAGGUGAAAGAGAAGAACAAGUGGGAGGAAGGGAAGAAGGAAGUGUUGAAGAAGAAAGAGGUGGAGAUGAUGGAGUUGAUUGAGGAGGAGAGUCAGGAGAAGGUAGGGGAGGAGGGGGUUAAAGAUGUAAAGGACAGAGGGGAGAAGGGAGAGAAGGAAAGAAGUCCGGAGUCAGAGGAGAUGGAGGUGGGGGGCGGGCCAGAGCAGGUGGACAGGAGUAAGGGCAAUGAGGAAGAAGCAGACAGUAAGCAGGGGCCCAUAGACCUCCAAACUGAGAAGACCCAGGACACCCAGUCCUCUGAACCAACUGUAGCCAGCCAAGAAGCACCAGACACCAGUCACCAGCCCCAGCUCAGCCACACAGUAGGGGAGCCGGCAGUAAAGCCCUCUGAGACCCAGGCAUCUCCUCCAACCCCAGAACCCCAAACAGCCUCCGUGGAGCCUGGGCAGGAUAUCCUCCUCAUCCCUGGCCCCAAGGUCCAGAACACGGCAACAGAGAAACAGGCCGUGGAGGAGAAACCAGGGGACGAAGCUCCCCAAAAACUGCCCGAUUCCCAGGAGGCCCCCAGCAUCACCCUCGCACCCUCUAAGGAGGGCGGUGGGAGAGGGAGGAAGAAGGCAAAGGAGUCAAAGAAAGGCCGCAGUCAUAGUAAAAGCUCCUCCUCUUCCUCUUCCGGCUCCUCCUCCAGCGGAAGCUCCUCAUCCUCAGGAUCCAGCCGCUCCUCUUCGUCAUCAUCAUCCUCCUCGUCCUCAUCGUCCAAGAGCAGCCGAAGUCGCAGCCGAGACGACAGCAAGCGCAAGAGGAGGCCGUCUGACAGGGCGAGGGACCGGAAGAAAGGAGAAGAGAAAAGUCACCGCAAGAGAGGAGGGAGCGGCGGAGGAGGAGGGAGGGACUCGAAGGUGUCCAAGGAGAAGAAGAAGAGGAGCGACGAAGGGAGGGGCAGGUCGUCCCGGAGCGAUAGGGAGCAUAAAGAUAGAGACAGGAAGGACAAGAGACGCUGAUCGGGUGGAAACCACUGAGGGGAAAUCAAUGGUUUGCUUAAUGACGCAUGAAAAGAGUUUUUAAACUAGCAUUGUCUCUCGAAAUGUCACGAUGGCUGUUUGAGGUUUUAACAUGAUUUUUUUUUUUUUUUUCUCAGUGUAGGGAUUCAAGAGUUGAUGUCAAAAAGGAAUUAAAUGGUGGAUGUUAAAAUGUUACCUUUACUUGGCAAAAGAAAUGUAAACUGGACGCCUUACUAAACAGGUAUGAUUUAGUCCCGUCAUUGAUCUUCGUCCUGUCAUCUGGGUUCUAGAAAGGUCUUUGUGGCGUGAUGUGUUGAAUGUUAACAGGUUUCCAUCCUAAUCAUGCCACAGGCUGGGUUAAUGGUGGUUAUCGUAGCAGUAACCAUUAACGCACACUAGUGUUUUCAAGUUGACGUGACAACGCUGUUCAUUCAAUGUCAGGGCCCUUGUACCUUCAUCACGUGGGUACAUGUGUGAUUUAGCGCAAAUGCUGAUUUUUGAAAAUGUUUUCCAUUUUUUUGUACCAAAAAUCUGCUUCAAAUUAAAGGUGAGAUAUUAGUG